AUGGACCACAGGAGGCAAUCCAAGGAUUCUCUCUCAUACUCUAACCUCUUCAAUCUUGAGUCUUUGAUGAACUUUCAAGUUCCACAACCAGAUGACGAUUUUGAUUAUUAUGGCAAUAGUAGUCAGGAUGAGAGCAGAGGUAGCCAAGGUGGAGCCACUGGUAAUGGGCUAAUGCCUGACAGAGAAUUGAAUUCAGUGAAGAAAAGAAGGCGAUCUCAAAAUAGUGACUACGAGGACGAGGACAGUUAUUACCGGACACACAUUACAGAAGAAAGGUAUCGAUCAAUGCUUGGAGAACACAUUCAGAAGUAUAAAAGGAGGUUCAAGGAUUCCUCGUCAAGUCCUGCACCAACACAGAUGGGGAUUCCAGUUCCAAAGGGAAAUAAGGGUUUAAAAUCCAGGAAACUGGCCAAUGAGCAACGAGGAGGGUUUUAUGAUAUGGAAACCACAUCAGAGUGGCUCAAUGAUUCUAAUACUCAGAAGCCAGGGAACCACCAUGACGCAGAUUUUGCACCACAAAGUGGCACCAAUAGGUUUGCUUUCACCUCUGAUUUCCUUUUGAUCAUGGCUAUUUUCAACCUAAGCAUUUAUUUGAUUAUAUUUCCUUUUGAUCAUGGGCUAUUUUCAACCUAA